ACAAUUGUCCACCCCAACUGCACCUCUCUCGCGCGCUCCCAAGCUCCGACAUCUCUCCGCCGUUUGCGGCCUCGUUUGAGCCAUCCGUCACCGCCAGCGGCACAGAGAAAAAAUUGUCCGACAGUACAGGUCAUUGUGAAACACCCUAGAGGCCCACCGGUUGUUGGCGGGGUGAGGGUUCCAAGGCUCGCAGCAACGCAUAUUCGUCACCUGAUACUUUUGGUUUCAAGAGUACACAAAAUGUUAGAAGGCCGUCGCGCACAAAGCCCUGCUGUCUGGCCAUCCGUUCCGCUUGAUGCUGACUUCUAUGCCGCGUCGCUCCCCUUGUUUCAACACCUCAGUAGCAAUGGUAUCGGCAUUUGCAAUUUGCUCUGUGUUCCUACUGACUUUUUGUGA